AUGGACUUGGGACGAGCUGCACAGAAGGUUUCUGUGAUGAAACCCUUCAAGCUUCAGGUCCUCCUCAUCAUAUUCCUCAUGUAUGUUCCAAGAAGCUUGGCCGUCCUAAACUGCACUGGAACUGAUGUUCCUUCCCUCGUGAAAGCUCUCCAGCCAGUCUUUAACCUGAACUCCAUCAGACCCGUCACAAAUGCGUCAACUUCAGUAACCGUCAACGUGCUCUUCACUUUGACUGCAAUUUUAGGGGUGGAUGAAAAGUCGCAGGUCUUAAAAACAUAUAUCUGGCAAGACCUGACAUGGAAAAGCGAGUUCACUGUGUGGGAUCCAGACACCUGUGGUACUUCAUGGAUUGCAGUCCCAAGAACCCUGCUCUGGGUACCAGAUUUAGUCAUCAAUGAAUUUCCCUAUCUGGUGAGCACCACUUACUAUCCUGUGACCACCACUUACUCUCUGGUGAGCACCCCUUACUAUCUGGUGUUGACCACUUACUAUCCAGUGAACACCACUUACUAUCUGGUGCGCACAAGUCACUAUCUGGUGAGCACCACUUACUCUAUGGUGAGCACCACUUACUAUCUGGUGAGCACCACUUACUCUCUGGUGAGCACCAGUCGCAUGGAGAAAAACACGGCCCCUCCUGUGCCGUACAUCUACCUGCAUUUUGAUGGUGAAAUUUACGACUCACAGCCUGUCAGAGUGGUCAGUUCCUGCAGCCUGGAUAUCUACCUGUUUCCUUUUGAUAUUCAGAACUGUAGUUUUACCUUCAACUCCUACAUCCACACUAUGGAAGACUUGAACCUCUCCCUCUCUAUUUCUGGAGAGAUCAUGACUGAAAUGUCUAAAGUGGUGAUAUCUACGAUGGGUGAAUGGAGCUUAGAUCAAAUCACAGCGAAGAGAGUAGAGAUUUCAACCGUGGAGGGAAGCCUUUAUGUGGAGCUUCAAUGUCAUAUCUCCAUCCGCCGCCAUCCCACCACAUAUGUGGUGAACCUCCUGAUCCCCAGCUGUUUCCUCAUUGCAGUGGAUCUGUUCAGCUUCAUGCUGCCUCCUCAAAAGAUUGACCGCUCCCUGUUCAAGAUGACUCUGGUCCUGGGCUACACCGUCUUCCUGCUGAACACCAACCAAAUGCUACCCAUUACUGGAGACACUGUACCCCUCAUAAACGUGUUCCUGUCUAUGUGUUUGGUGAUGAUGGUCACGACUUUGCUGGAGUCCAUCUUUGUUACUAACCUCCUGCAUGGCUCUGCCGACUAUCCUCCAGCACCUCGUUGGUUGAGAGAUUUUGUUUUUCAAGUUUUAGGCCGGCUCGUAAGGAUUUCUACAAACCUCAAAGAAAGAGACGACACUGUGAUCCAAAAUCCCAACGCACAAGAGAUGACUGAUUCCACUCCAGUAGUCAUGAAAAAUGAGAUUCCGGAGCAGAAGGAGACCAUAAAUGGGAACAUGAGCCUGCAGGUGCUCAGAAACAUAACCAGGGAUCUGAAAGUUAUUCACCUUUAUGUGGAGAAAAAGCUGAAAAGAAGCCUCAGCUCACAGGAGUGGAUCCAGAUCGCUCUCAUCAUUGACCGUCUGCUGUUUUUCUUUUACAUUCUCUUCAUAUCAGUCAGCUUCAUUACCAUCAUCAUCAUCUGGGUCGUCUCAUACAACAAAGCCUGAAUCAUGUAUCUUCAUAUUUAUCAUGCAUAGCCUCUGUCAUUUUUGUUUUGAAAUAAUAUGUCAAAUGAAUGUUUCAGAUCUUAACCUUCACUUUAUUUUCAACUAAUUUAAUUUGUAGUUAACAAAAAAAACAUGGAUUCAUGCUUUUUUUUGCAGAAAAUGUUAUUUAACAUUGAACAUACGGCUGUGUGUUUAUUACUCAGCAUAGACACAAUACGAUCCUUUGCAUCUUAAUUUGAAAAAAACACGACAUGUGGCUUUUUAUGAGAUGCCGUUUGAGAUGUAAUUCAUACUUGCUUUCAUACACACUAUCAAACUCUUUCAUACACACUAUCAAACUCUUUCAUGCUUUUAGUAAAAAUAUCCUAAUAAUGUUCAGCCUUGAGCUUGUAGAAAUGUCUAUUUCAUGUCUAUCAUGACAGUUAUUUUCUGUUUAGUGUCAAACAAUAAAAUUAUCCACUAAGAUUUCUUUGACUAUUCUGGUAUUUAAUUGAGACUUCUGACUGAUUUGCACUCAUUUUUCAUUAAAAUGUGUUUCCUAAAACUACCUAAAGGAAAUAAACGAAUUCAAUUAAGUAAAGCAUUUAUGUUUUUAACGUGUCCCAAACAGAAACAGAGAAAGUCGUGCAAAAUCCCAGAAGACUUUAAAUAGCAUGAUUGUUUAGGAUGAGUGAUGGACAAAAUCUAUAACUCUGGAAAAGGAAAGCGCACCACAUUCAAAUAAAUACAUACAAACAUCCUGAACCAAUUUAAAAACAGGAUAGUUGAAACUUAGAUGAGGUCCUGCAAAACACAACAAUAGUUGAUACAUUUGUUACGCUUGUAAGCAGUUUAUCAGUUUGGCCUUUGUUGAAAAUGGUCUCACUUUAGUUGUUAAUAAUGCUCACUAAGUAUAUUAAUACGCCCUUUUCAGCUUAGUGUGCUAAAAAAUGUCUUACUAACACCCUUUGAACACAUUAAUAAUGUUUGUUAAUGUGUUAAUAAAGCUUGUUAUGGAAUCUUAUUAUGAAGUGUUACUAAAUUGGGAAAAAAAGAAAAAAAA